CUACUGGCUUGUCGCCUGUGCAAGGAGUACUUUUCCAUCUUGUGCCAGAGGGAUCAUCAGUACUGAGUCGUUUAAUUCACAUUAGACACAUCGCUUAAUGUUUCUAUCCUCCAGUCUAUUUCACUGUGGCUAUAGACUUAAAAGUUUAAACUACCACACAGACGUGACAUUACAUGUGCAUUGGUGCAGAUAUUCUGGAAGCAGACACACCUGUUGUAAGCUCAGACUGUGUGUGAGGUGUGACUGUGCCUGGGAGGGUGUGACUUCGUACUUGUCUCCAAACCAAACUCAGACCUGUUUUCAGACGACUCUCUGCCAUCCUGCGUGUGUGACAUAAAGUAAACCUCCAGCAGCCGUCAACAUGCCCGAGACUGCAGAGUCCCACGCUGUCGCCCUCACCACCAACCGCAACUGUGUCGUAGAGAUCACCAACGUCAGCUCCGUCUUCUGUCUCGUGCACCCAAAGGUGUACAUGGAAAGUGGCUUUGUCUUCAGCCCUCCACAGCCGACCUUGCGCACCACCAAGACCGAGGUGUGCUCUUUCACCAAGGACGACAACACGGCAUCGGGUGCUGUGGGUGUCAUGACCUACGAGCUGUUCGACAUGCGCAACCGCCACUGCAAUGAGCUGAUGGCCAUCAUGUUCUCAGUGCCGUUCGACUAUAACUUCUACAAGAACUGGCUGGGGGUAGGCAUCUUUGAGCACACGCAAGCCUGCGAUGAGAAGCUGUACGACCUCAUGUACAAGGGGAAGGAUUUCACCAACUUUGUGCGCCAAGAGGCCAACGGCUCGGGGGUGACGUUCAGGGGAAAGAUGCUGGACGUGAGGGCCUGCAUGUCUGAUGAGGGCAGGGCAAUUAUUAAAGUGGAGUUGUAUGACAAAAUGGGCAGAUGAGUCUGUUUGUAAUGCUGUGAGAAUAAAAUGUUCAGCACCAAAUGAGUGCAUUGGUGUGGAAUAAAGUGUAAGAACACAGUCGAUGCAGAUAUUCCUGAAGUCAUUCCUGAGUCAUUCAUGUCACGUAUGGGUGCUUUCAGUGAAUAAAAAAAACAAUAUCAUGGA